CAAAAAGACGCCCAGUCCAAACCCGCAGCCCCCAGCAGCAGGCCAGCAGCCGGACUCGGAGGCAGCCGAGGAGGCGACCGGCUGACCGCAGCGCGGAGAGCCAGAGACAAGGAGCGCGCAGGCGCGGCGCAGCCGCCACAGUCCGCACCGGACCCCGUGGACUAGGCGAGCGCGCGGGGGAGCCUCGCGGGCGGCGGGCGGCGAUGUCGGUGAGCUGCGGGCUGGAGUGGGUGGUGUGCCUGGGGUGCACGCGGUGGGCGUGGAAGCGGCUCACCUACAUCGGCGCCUACGACAGCGAGACGUGGCCGGCGGCGGCCCCCGCCGAGUUCGAGCCCGUCCCACGCCUCUGCCGCGUCGUGCUCGCCAACUACGACCCAGACCUCAGCAACCCCAAGUUCGCGCCGCCGGGACGCGGGUACGCCGACGUCGACCCCAAGGGCAUCGUCAAGCGCGCCACCUACGACGACGUCGGCAACCGGUGCCCGCCAUACCUCAUCUACGUCGACGAGGCGCACAAGGAGAUCAUCCUCGCCGUGCGCGGCCUCAACCUCGUCCGCAACGCGGACUACAAGGUGCUCAUGGACAACAAGCUCGGGAUGCAGAUGUUCGACGGCGGCUACGUGCACCACGGCCUGCUCAAGGCCGCCCAGUACAUCCUGGAGCGGGAGACGGAGACGCUGCGGGACCUGCUGCGGCGCUACGGCCCCGAGUACAAGCUCAUCUUCACCGGCCACUCACUUGGCUCCGGCAUCGCUGCGCUCAUGACCGUGCUCGUCGUCAACAACCGCAAGGAGUUCGACAAUAUACCCAGGAGCCGAAUCAAGUGCUACGCGCUCGCGCCCGCCAGGUGUAUGUCGCUCAACCUCGCCGUCAAGUACGCAGACGUCGUCAGCUCCGUCGUGCUCCAGGAUGACUUUUUGCCAAGAACGCCAACGCCACUAGAGUACAUUUUUGGGUCUAUCUUCUGUUUGCCCUGCUUGCUAUUCCUCAUUUGCUUGAGAGAUACAUUUAAACAAGACAAGCGAAAAUUUAAGGAUCCAAGAAGAUUGUAUGCUCCUGGGCGAAUGUAUCAUAUCGUUGAGAGGAAAUUUUGCAGAUGCGGAAGGUUCCCGCCUGAGGUCAGAACUGCUAUUCCUGUGGAAGGACGAUUUGAGCAUGUUGUGCUAUCAUGCAGUACCACUUCUGAUCAUGCCAUUGCUUGGAUCGAGCGAGAAUCACAAAAGGCUUUAGAGCUAAUGAAGGAAAGUGAGAAUGCAAUGGCUCCACCUCCACAACAAAAGAUGGAGAGGUUGCAAAGUUUUGAGGAGGAGCACAAGAGUGCCCUCCAGAGAGCGAAGACAUUGGAUGUUCCUCAUGCUGCUGAUCUGUCAGAAGAGGAAAUUCAGGAGGAUGGUAGCACUGCACCACCCUCUGAUACUCAUAGCGAGACGACUAUGGAACCGAAAUCUGCAGGAAGAAGCAGCUGGGACGAACUGAUGGAGAAGCUUUUCACCAGGGAUGAAGAUGGGAAACUCGUCGUGAAGAAGGACAUGGCGAAGGAGAUUGUUGUUGAGUAAUGAUGAUUAUAAGACUACUCUGCACAUGGUAGUUCAUUCUUUUGGCUGGAUGUACAAAGGAGUAAGUUGUGGCCGCGAUACAUCUAUACUAUUUUGUUUUUUUGCUAGUCUGUUGAAACGUCUUUUUGAGGUCCAUUCAUUUUUCAGUAUAGAGAAGAGGGGUAGUGCAAAGGGCUAUAUAGUUCGCAUUUGUGUAGAGGCUUCAUCUAUGUGCAUUCUUGGACCUUUGAAGUCUUGUAAAUUUAUCAAUACAGGCUUUGUACUAGUUUGUACAUUGUUCUCUGUAAUGGAUCGCAAGUUAAGAAUUUAUUUGGGAAGUUAAAAUUGUUGCAUGAUAAUUGAUUA